UGCGGCUUCACGCUAUCACAGUUUUUCAAAAAUCUUAAUAAAUCAUCUGUUUCUUAGUAUUAUUCUUAGUAUUAUUAGUAAAACAAAAAUUGCAUACUGAAGAAAGUUUUAUGUAGUUUUUACCUCAAUUAAGGACUUAAGUAUACAAAUGGCUAAAUGUAGUAAAAUACAUAUAUCAGGCAUUCAGAAGAUUCAUUCAAAGACGCUGUGAGUGAUAUGUAGUAUUCUACACUGGUCACUAGGUGUCAGUAAUGUUACUGUAAUGUUGGGUGUGACACAAACAGCAGAAUAAAAUAUAAAACCCAACUGUGAAGCCCUGACUGUCUGCUCACUGCUCAACUCCCCUAGGGAACACAUUGAUAGCAACACACACGAGCAUGAGUCUUAUUUAUGUCUUAAUAAAUGGCUUAUUUACUCUUAUUAUUUCUACUUUAUUGGGUAAUUGGAGUGUAAAGGUGACUGUAGGGGUGUCAUUUCAUGUCUAGAAGGCUUGAAUGUUUAAAAACUGUAUUUAGAAGGUUGUAAACAGGUUUUCUAUGCUCUAACUACGAAAAUAUUCCAUUUACAAAGAAGGAAUCCUAAUUAGAUCCAUUUGCAUUUAGCUCACUAAAAUAAAUGUCAUGUAUGAAAUAUUUACUGUCUUCCUGUCCUUUACUCCUGUCGUCCUAUUUGUGCUUUUUUGACGCGCCAUUAACCUCAUGUCUAACUUUAAUCUGCAAAUGAGCCGGAAGAUAGCGAUUUACAGCGCCAUCGCCACCGCAUGUGUGAUCACGGCCCAUUUCACAAUAUGGGGGCUGAUGCGACCGUAGUCUGUAGCGAGGGAAGCGUCUCAUUUAGGCCUUUCUAAGGUGUGGACCCUUAAUGGUUGAAAGGCAAAGUGUAGCUUGACUGGUUGGUUUUCCAGCUCCUCUGUAUGAGUGCAACACAUGUGGACACAUUCAGUGUACAGUAAGAUGAGCUUAUUCUCUGUAUAACAUGAUGAGCAUACUUGGUCAGCAUCCAGCAGCUUUAUCUACCCCUGCAUGCACUUUCAAAUGUAACACGCGUUGUAACACAGUUGGUGUACUGUCGUUUACAAUGAACCCAUCAGCGGUAUUAGUGCUGGCUGAGCAAUUUGCUCCUUACUACUAUUACAACACUGGUUCUGUUGCAGCUGAUUGUGCAAUAUACUUAAUAAGUGACCAUGUCGUCAAAGAGAGCUACGUUUCAGGUACUAUUCUAGGGCGCUAUGAUUUCCGCAUUAAUGGAAUCGCAACACAUUUCUGGCCUUCCAAAUAAGAGCUCUAUUCACCGCAUACUGUCUGUGCAAACAAAAUAAGGGUGUCAUAAAAAUGUCUUACAUUAAUAACGCAAUUGGAAUUGCAUCAGUGAAUACAUCUUUCUUAACCAUAAUCAUGGGACAUGCUAUUAGAACACUUACCCAAGCUACAUACUGUACAUUUCUGAAAAUACUGAGCAAAAUUGGCCAAUGAUGUAUUGCAUCAAUAAAUGUAAGGAUUUUUGCAUUUAAAGGGGACCUGUUAUGCUUUUCCUCUUUUCUCACAUAUAAAUGUUGUUAGAGUGUUGUAUUCUCAUGUUAAACAAUGCCACCGUGUCAGAUAAUGAGGUUUGCACAUUUGGAAGUGAGCCCUGAAAGCGGUUUUGGACGGUUCUGCACGCUGUGUUUUACUGAGUUUUUUUUAACACCGAGUUCCAUUGACGUCAAUGCAACCCGGACUUCCUUAAAUGGGCAUGCCCAGGGAAACGCUGUAGGCCUGCCCUCCCCCCGCUCUGCUUCGCUCUGUUCUGUUCACCCUGCUCCCAGGAAAUGUAUGUUUGGGUGUGCCUAAAGAGACAAGCAUCAGGCAGAAGUGGUUGGAGAAUCUGUCAACGGCAUUUCACACAAGACUGUUUUGUGAACAUGGGCCCAUACGAAGCUGGACUAUCCGCCAAACGGUUGCUGAAGUCCGACACCUUUCCAUCGUUACUUGGUCGUGUCAAGAGUCAGGAGCGCAAGGUGUAAGUAACAAUUUAUUAGUGUCCUAACAGUGUUUAUGUUGUGUAAGUAAUCGGACAAAAGGGGUUGGCCAGAUGUGUUGAAGUCCUCAGGAGCGCUUGGGAGUGUGACCAAUCACAGCGGAGUGGGCUCGGCGGGCGGCGUAUCUGGAGGAGGGCCGGAGGUGGAGCAAAUUACACAGACCGUUUGGGCGGGAGGCAGGAAACACUACAGGAAGAGAGAGUCUGGAAGAUCUAGAAAGCUUUCUGAGCGAGUUAUCGUGUGUAGCUGCUCUAUAUGAGUCCAGAACUCAAAACAAAGGCCCAAAAAUUAGUAUAAUACAGUAGGUGCCCUUUAAUUAACAUUUUAUUUACUUUAUUUACUCACAGAAGUACCCACUCUAUGCUGGUACAAUAAGUGUAAAAGUUUUUUUUUUUUUUUUUUUUAAAGGAAUUUGGGAAAAAAUAGGGCGUUACUGUUCCAGUACUUGGUCGGACAAGUCUGAACCAUGCGGGUGAGCUCGCUCAUUGUAACAGACAGCUAUAAAUGACAAAAAUAAACACACAUGCUAUUAUUAGCAUAACUUGUUGUUGUGCCUAAGCUGUGAACGCUGCAGUAUUAUAGUCCACAGUCUCCACUUUGCAGUACCCACCAGUUUUCUUCAGUCUCCUCAGUCUCCUCUAGGAAAAAAAGUCUGUCUCCUUACCAUCGAACAGGAGACCCUCAUGCUCCCCCAUUGUUUUUUUUUUUUUUUACCAUGUUUUGUUCUUUGUUCCAAACCAAGGAAAAGUAGUGCUGAACCAGUAUUUAACUUCUUUUUUUUCUUUUUUUUUUUUUACCCUGUCCUGUCCAGCCUUUAAGGCAGACAGAAUUGUAGAUCUAAAUGCCCUCAAGUGCUCAACAGAUUUACUCUGCCAGGGAGAAGUGUGAUAUACACUUCCCCUGCUAUACAGAAUUUAUUUGACUUUGAUGCUUGUUAGUAUUUAACUUCUAACGUCCAAGCUUCACUUUUUUGUGCUAAAUUAUUGUGAGAACAGGUUCAACAAGCUAGGAAGUUGGCAUGCGAUCAUGCUGACAAGGCGUCGAGACUGCCUACCCUCCCCCUAGGUGGAGCCGGUUUGAACUUGAACUAAACUCGACAUUAAAGCGACAGCGCCUGUAAGAGCUCUGUGAGAAUUAUUCGUUCAGACUGUAAGAAAAGAAGGGUGGCAGUGUCAGUGUUAGGGAUGUUUAGAGAGAGAUAAAAGCGCGAGUGUGAGCGUCUCCAGGUGUUGCUGCAUGACCUUUCACCUCUGACACCCUUGAGUCAUCCAGAGCCAUGUUCCCAGAAUGCAACAAAAAAAAUCACCUUUUUAACUGACAUUCUUGCAGAAGUCAACCCUCAAACUGAAGCAGUUAGAGGACAUGUGCUUCACGCACAAAUAAGCCACAUAUCACCAGCUAGUUUGUACACAAGAGAGUCCUUGGUUUGCAGCAGCUGGAAUUUGUUGCAUGGAUGGGAGGGAGUGGGAAUAGCAAAGCUCUGUGAACCACUUCAGUAAGGAGGUGGGAACCAAACAGGAGGAUGGCAUAGCGGACAGGAAUGUAGUGACUUAUGAGAUUAACCAGCCAUCAAAUUAAACCUAGGCGGUAAAAUAAAAACACAAGUGUGGAUAAAUCAGUUGGGAUGUUGCAGGUCGAUACGUGGUGCAGGACCAUACCAUCCAUCAGAUGGCACUGUGGUGGAAAAAAGCAGUGGAGUUACGGCAUAGUUUUCAUAGUACAUUGGAACCUUGGUUAGCGUCAUCAAUUCUUUCCAGAAAGGCUGACUAUAACCAAAACGGAUGCUAACCAAAUCAAUUUUUCCCAUAAGAAAUAUAAAUCCAGUUAAUCUGUUCCAGAAAGCCAAAAAUGUUAACGCACAAAAAAAUACACAUAAAUGAUGAAUAAAAGGGAUAAAUACUUGUACCUUCAUUGAAGACGUGACCAAAGACACAAUGUGGCAGUGAGACACCACAUGGACACCGCCUUCCUGUUUUGCAAUGAGUUAUUUCUGGAAUUCGAUAGUUUCUCAUCUCAAUAACACAAAAUGGAUCCAAAGAAAUUUGCAAGUACCAGCAUUUUGAUAAAAAGGUGAGAAACAUUAUUGAAUUCAAGAAAUAACUCAUGACAAAUCAGGAAGACGGUGUCUGCGUGCUGUCUUGUUGCCACAUCUGGUCUUUGGGAACACUCGCAUCUUCAGUGAAGGUAAAAAUAACCUUAAUUGUUCAAUUAAGCAGUUCAUUGGUUUCAAUUAUAUGCAUUUAGAAUUGUUUGAUGCAUGUGAAACUAUAAUUGUAAAACUAUAGAACUUUUUAUGUGUUAAAGGGAUAGAUUUUUUGACAUGAAGUUGUAUAACUUCGCCAUCAGCAUUGUAGUCCAAUAACAGCGACUAACCCCCCACUUGGUCUCCUAAAUCCACUUUUGGUUGGAAUUUGCUGAUGAAGAACGUGGUUCCGUUUAGUUGCUGGGGCCAUUUAAGUAAAGAGUUACUCAAAACAAUAUGCGUUCAGAAGAGUAAUACAUUUACCUCCCCAAAAAGUCAGACCUCACAAAAAGCUAGGCAUUGUAUUUGUCUCCCGCCGUAUCCCUGCGUAUUGUCACCUGUGCAUUCUCACCUGUGCAUUCAUGUGUAUGUGAUGAAAACACUCGCGGUAAUGCCACUCUUUUUUGGCGACAGAGCGCCGCGGCCAUUGUGUUUACGCAUGUGUUCCACAGCGGAAGAAGAUGCGAGUGUGUUCAUCAAACAUCAUUUUUACUUCCGUAAACACAGAAAUGCGUGUGACAUCCGCGUUACUUCCCGGAUGCUUCGCGUUCACAUUGACAAGUCGCAUUUCUUUGGUAACAUGAACAAGCCCAUAAAAACAAACAAACAAUACGAAUCCGAUUGGGCAUCAUACCCUGCAAUGUGAACGUAGCCUAUAAAACCUGCUGAGAAACAGCAUUAGCUGUUCAGGGUGGAUGUCAGAAGAGAAAGAGGUCAUGGUGGAAGAAGAGCACGUGGACAAGCCAGACCAUGCCCAGAACCAGGACCAGAACUAGAACCUGGACCUUCACAUGCACCUGGUCGAGGACAAUGACUCGGACAAAGACCAAGGCCAAGACCUAGACCGAGACAAAGACCCGCGCAAAGCAAUAGAAUUCCAGAUGAAAUUCGUGCCACUGUCAUUGAUAAUGUGCUGAUUCAUGGAAUGACAAUGAAAGAAGCACGACAAAGAGUGACACCCGACCUGAGCAGAUACACAGUGGGAUCAAUUAUUCGAUGAUUUCAAGAGGACAACAGUUGUAAGGCCGUGUGUUGUGGCAGGAAGACCGCCUCUAUUUAACCAACACCAAGAGGCCUUGAUUGUCCAAAUGGUGGUGCAAAACAGUGCAAUAAAACUGUGUGAACUCCAGCAACGGAUAAUCCAAGACAACAACAAUUUCAGAGGAAAUCAACAAUGCUUAAGAAAAACAGGAUCAGCACGAAGCAAGUCUACAGAGUUCCCUUUGAAAGGAUUUGGAUAUGUGCAAGCGAGUAUAUGAAGUUUGUCUUUACUGUAACAAUACAAGCAGUCAGAAAUGUUCUGAGAGAAUGCUAUGAACAAUCUAAUGCAUGAUCCUGGUUCACAAGUGUUAGUAAAAGUACAGAACGUGUACAUGACUGACUUUUUCUCUCUUUUUUUUGUGUGCGUUUGUUCCAGAGGGUUUUUCAAUUGGAUUCUGAUGAUAGGCCACAUGAAUACAUCUAUGUGGAUGAGGCUGGUUUCCACCUGGCCAGGAGGAGAAGAGGGAAAUAUCAUUGAUAACGGGCUAUAGUCAACGCCACAGCUCCUGUUGAACCUCACUUCACUGAAUGCAUAUCCCGAGACCAGAUGACAUUCCGCUGCUGGUGGAGUCCCGGCAGCUUCCACAACCUGUCGGCUCCCGGAGCGCUCCGAGUCUUCUACCUGAAGAGAGACUACCCCACCAAGAAAGAGUGGAAAGAGUGUCCAGAGUAUCUCCACUCAAGAAGGGAGUGCUUCUUUGAUGGAAACCACACGUCCAUCUGGACCACCUACUGCUUGCAACUGCGUAGCCAUGACAACACCACCUAUUUCAAUGGGAACGACUGCUUCACUGUGGAAAACAUUGUACGUCCUGACCCUCCAGUGUCCCUUAACUGGACCCGCCUGAAUGUCAGCCCCUCUGGACUCAGCUAUGAUGUCAUGGUCACGUGGGAGCCGCCCCCCUCCGCAGACGUUGCAGCGGGGUGGAUGCGCCUGGCCUACGAGGUCCAGUACAGAGAGAGGAACAGCACCAACUGGGAGGCACUGGAGGUGCAUCCUCACACCCAGCAGACAAUCUAUGGGCUCCACAUAGAGAAAGAAUACGAGGUGCACAUCCGCUGCAGGAUGCAAGCUUUCACUAAAUUUGGAGACUUCAGUGAGUCCAUCUUCAUUGAAGUAUCCGAGAUUCCCAGCCAAGAUACAUUUUCUCUAUUCACAUUGGUCAUAGUUUUAGGGAUUGUGGGCACCAUCAUACUCGUCAUGUUGAUUGUUGUCUCACAACAGCACAGAUUAAUGAUGAUUCUGUUGCCUCCGGUUCCAGCACCCAAAAUUAAAGGCGUUGAUCCCGAGCUAUUAAAGAAAGGGAGGCUAGACGAACUGAACUUCAUUCUGAGUGGUGGAGGUCUGGUUGGUGGCCCCAUGUAUUCACCAGAUUUCUACCAGGAUGAGCCUUGGGUGGAAUUCAUUGAGGUGGAUGUGAAGGAUCCCAACACUGGAGAGAAGGAAGACAACCAUGCCUCAGAUACCGAGCGGCUCCUGGGCUCCUCCCAGCCUGUCAGACACCGAGCCGGCUGCUGCAACGCUGUUAGAAAUGAUCUUGUCCCCAUCAGCUUUCCUGACGAUGACGCCGACCAGGCCGGCAGCUACAACCCAAACCAGCCCGACGAAGAUGCCGUCAUGCUCUUGUCCACGCUGCUGCCGGGCCAACCUGACGACAGCGAAGCCUCCCUCAGUGUUGAUUCAGAGGGGGGAGAGAGGCCGGCUGUCCCCUCUCAAAGUGGACGACCUCAGACGUGGGUCAACACAGAUUUCUACGCCCAGGUCAGCAACGUCAUGCCCUUUGGGGGCGUGGUGCUGUCGCCCGGCCAGCAGCUGCGCAUCCAGGAGGGCGGCUCAGCCUCAAACGAAGACACGCGGAAGAAGAAAGAUGGCGAGGAGGAGCCUGGGGAGAAGAAGCAAAAGGAGCUUCAGUUUCAGCUGCUGGUGUUGGAUCCUGAUGCUCAGAGCGACACCCCGCCUUACUGCACCAUGCCCUUCGAGGGCUACCAGUCCAUCGAGCCUCAACCAGCUGCAGAGUCGCCUUACGUCCCUCCGGAAUCCCCCCAGCUCCUUACCCCCGUCGCAGACUACACUGUAGUACAAGAACUUGACAAUCAGCACAGUGUUCUGCUCAACCCGUCCCCCGCUCCCCAGUCCACCACCCCAUCAUGCCUGUCACAGCACCCUCUCAAAGCCCUCCCUGCCAUGCCCGUAGGGUACGUCACCCCGGACCUGCAGGGCGUGCUCUCGCCCUGAGGAAUUUUUAGCCCAGGAUGUGCGGUGAUUGCUGCUGGAACCCAUCAGCUCGCGGCGAGCCAGGCGGACGUGUUGGUGCGGGUUCGUCUUCAAGCGAAAAAGGGAGUGAGAUGAGUUUAUAAGUCCACUGUCUUAAAUUCUCUUCAAUUUUAUGCUUCACAACCAAAAACAUGUUGUUCUAGAAAAGAAGAGACAUUUUUAAAGAAGCAAUAAGCAUCGCUUUGAUGUUUUGCUGAAGUCUUAACCUUGCAGAGAGAAGCACAGUGCCGCCAUCAUGAGUUUUUUUUUUUCCUGCCACACAAAUCAGAGAAGAAGAGUCCGCCAUUGUUUAUACACAGUAUACCUCUUUUAAAUCAACGUAACUUGGUUCUAUACACUUUGUGGGUCGUACUAGUAAUAUUCUACCAUAUCAGAGCAAGAAGCUACCAGUGUUUUUAUGAAAAUAUCGUUGUUGUUUUUUUUGCUGCAAAGCUAUAUUAAGAUUUUUUUAUAUAUAUUUACUGUACACCUAAGCACAAAAUUAUUAUAUGCUCCCAGACAAAUUUUGAGUAAAAUUUGAAAAGACUGUAGCAUUUGUUAGAGAAAUUAAAGUUGCCGUAUUAUAGUAUUCUGACUAUUUGUUGGUGAGAGGUGGUAUCAGCGUUUUCUUGAAGACGUCAUGAACACCUGCAACUUCACCAAAUUAAAACUCACUUUUAACUACACAUUUGACCAUAUGAAUAAUUUUGUGCUUAACUGUGUAUCACAAAUGAACACACACACAUACAUUUACAUGAGUAUAAACUGUGACAAACAAGCUUCUACACAUCAAGGUGUCAUGGCGCCUUGCGGGAUGCUGCUGCGAGGCGUUCAGGAACAUUAAGGAAAAUGCCAGUUGAACUAGACGAGGUUGACCAAAAGGAAAGCACAACGCAGUUUAUGGACGGGAAUAUUUUAUUAGUCCUGUCUUUUACUUUUGUUUCAAUGUAUUCACAUAGUAGCACAUGACAAAGGAUUCCUUUCUAUCCCGUAAACAUGUAGCAACAAUAGUGCUGCAAGAUGGACACACUAACACUAAACUACUCGCUCUUGAACUACACGCUUGUAACCAUAGAGUUUUAUUGUAAUGUUUAGAUGCACGUCGGAAUAAUUCAGGGAUGGCGAGUGGAAAGAAUGUGAAGGUUUGUAACUAGCUCAUUAGCUUAUUUUCUAAACGAAAUACAACAGUGUUAGCUAGCUGUUGCCAUGUUUGUGUCUCUAGCUCGUCAUGUCUGUGUAUGUAUUUUUAACUAAUAAUAGGUAUGUUUAUGCUAUGCUAAUUAGCAAACAGUGUUAUAGUGAAAUGGUGUGCAUACAUUACAUGGCUCAAAGAACAUAUGGAGCGUAUAAGAAAAGGUAAUUUUCCAUAAAAGGUUUCCGUUGGUGAUGACUUGGAAGCGUUUUCUUUCUUUCACGUUCUUCUUCUACGCUUCAGGUUUACGCUCUUUUAUUUAGCUAUUAACCCUCAAAGUACCACCGAGGUUUAGGGCCACGCUGAAAAGAAAAAAAUAAAGCAACAUUAUGAGCAUAAAACAAUCAAGUUACGAGAAUAGUACUUGUACUAUAGGAUAGAACUAUUUUGAGGGGGAAAGUAUUCAGAUUUUUUUUUUUUUAAGUGUAAAUCUUCUGACAUAUUCAUUCAUUUUAUGAUUUUGAUAUUAUCUAUUCUAAUUGAUUUUCAUUGUUGGAAAUUAUGACCUUUUUUUUUUCCAAGUAAUGAUUUUAUUUCCUGUAAAGUUAUUACUUUAUUUCUCUGACUUAAGUCUGACUUAGUCUUUUUCUGAAGACUGAACUGUUUUUCCUAGUUAUAUUAAAUAUCACGUCUUUUUUCUUGUACUGCCGUUUUAUUCUGCUAAAGUUAUGACUUUUACUCUAUUUUUGUACGAUUACAGUAUUUGCUUUCAAAAUUAUGACGUUUAAAAAAAUAUUACCACUUUUUUCUUAUGCAGGUAUUAGUACGUUAUUGUCAUAGCUUUUCAUGUAAAAUGAUAACUUUCCUUGCAAUAUUACUUUAUUGUCAUUAAAUGAUUCCUUGUAAUAAUGCAAGUUUAUUCUAGUAAAAUUUUCACUAUUUUGCAAAUAUUUCUUUCUCAUUAAUUACUUUUUGCUAGCUUUUUUCCCCAAAUAAAAUGAUUAUUUUUGUCUGAUAAUAUUACAAGUUUGCGUUUGUACAAUUAUUGUUAUAAGUAGGUAGUAAUACAGUAUGACUGCAUUCAAGUCACAGUAUGACUUUUUUCUUGUGAUUUUACGACCUUAUUCUCAUAAAAUCACAUACCUUUUUUCUUGUAAUAAUACGGGUUCAUUUUAGUAAACUUUUGACUGUUGUUUCGAAUUUCUUUUUACUAGCUUUCCCCCCACCCCUAAAUAAAUAAAAUGAUUAUUUUUUUGGUAAUAUUGCAACCUUCACUUGCGAUAUGACUUUUUUCAUGUAAUUUUACAACCUUAUGCUCAUAAAAUGACGUGUUUUUUUUUUUUUUGUAAUAAUACCAGUUUAGUCUUAAGUUUAAUCUUUUUUUUUUUUUCAUUUCAAUGUGGCCUUGGUGCUUCCAUUGUGAAAAAAGAAAAAACAACAAAUGAACAGUUAUUUUUUGCCUUAUGAAAAUAUUGAUAUUUGGCAUAUUAAGAUGUGACGCAUCAUUAUAUUGCCAUUCUCUCCAACCCCCUACCUUAUAGAGGAUCAAAAUGCUCUGCCAAUUCAUAAAGAGCCAUAAGACAACGGUAUGACGACACACUUGUGCCAUGUAUCGAUAUGACCUUGUUAUUGCUUCCGCUGUUGCAGAAAUAUAUGAUACACUUACCAGACACUUCAUUAGGUACACCUGCCGGAGAUCCAAUACAAGAGCUGUAAAAAAAAAAACUGCUUUUCCAAACAUAAUACUAAUAUUUGUAUGUAUUAAUGCAAUAAGAUGAUUACAAUUUUGGUUAUAUUGGAUAUUUUGAAUGCAGGCUUAUCUAUUGUUGUGCCCAGUAGGUGUAUAUACUUUACAUGUACUUACUGUAUGUUGUAAUUUAUCCCAAUACAUUGCUGCUCAGUA